GUCAGUUUCGCAAGCUGACCACCCGUUGUGUCUGACUCAGACGGUCUGUCUGUCUGUCCUUAGUCUCUCUAAAUCAGAACUAACCAUGCAUUCAGCCGUGAGCCCCAUCCUCUGUAUCCUGACCGCCUCUUUCGCCGUUGCCACGGAGACGGUGGUGGGCGUGGCAGGCCGACGGGUGACCCUGCCCUGCUCGGCCGAGGCGGAGAGCAAAGGCGGGGUGUGCUGGGGCCGAGGGAAGCCCUCGAUGUUCUCCUGCCACAACGCCCUGCUCAUCACCAACGGAGUCCAGGUCACACACAGAGCCUCCUACAGGUACAGCCUGCCCUCGGAGGCCUCAGCGGGGGACGUCUCCAUGGCCAUCCUCCACAGCAGACAGGCAGACUCUGGUUUCUACCACUGCAGGGUGCAGGUUCCCGGCCUGUUUAACGACCAGAUAUACAAAGUUCACCUCAUCAUAGUAGAAGCCCCUGAGCAAGCCGCUAGGCCGGCCCGACCAGUCCUCACUGAGAGCUUCACAGACACCACGAAGGCAGACCCGGCGGAGGCGGGACCAACAGAAGCACAUCCUGGCGAGACAAUUACUGAUGCAACGGAGGAGUCAGGAAGUGGUGAGGCGUGGGACAGCCUGGUGACGCCUGUGGUCGCUCUUGUCAAGAGAUCUCAGCAGUCAGACCUCCAGCAGAGCAGCCUAUGGGGCUUCAUAGGAAACACACUCAGACUGUCCUUCGUCAUCUUCAUACCUGCACUACUGCUUACUGUUGGCUACAGAUUGAUGAGGUCACAGCAGAGACCGUGGAGUGGACGACGGAUACCAUCUGACCUAGAAGACAACUCAUUGUAGAGUGUGUGUGUGUGUGUGUGUGUGUGUGUGUGUGUGUGUGUGUGUGUGUGUGUGUGUGUGUGUGUGUGUGUGUGUGUGUGUGUGUGUUUGUGUGUGUGGUGUGUGUGUGUGUUUGUGUGUUACUAAGGGUGUAUGAAAGUAAGUGUAUGUUUUUCUGCAUACAUGUGAAAUUUGAGUUCAAACUAAUUGAAACAAGAACAAACUAGACUCAUGGAAAGGAACGUUUAUAACGACAGAAAGGGAAGCGGGUAGUUUCAAUUUAAUACAUUUGUUGGGCAAACAGACAGCCGUCAUUGCUUUUAAGUGUCUUCAGAACACCAGUCCUUCCCCCUACAAAAGGACGACGUGACAAGGGUGACCAACCUCACUUUCCACUGACUAAAACAUAGAGGCACCAAUGCACAUCAUUCACCCCCUCUCUCUCUCUCUCUCUCUCUGUCUCUCUCUGUCUGCCUCUGUCUCUCAGUGUGGUUGACACAGUUCAGAUAGGGGCCAUCAUUAAAGCGACUCGGUUUCAAAUAUCUGAGGAUACCAACACAACAAGGGGCCGUAUUGAUGUAAUGAAAAUUGGUGGAUGAUUCUGGAUUGAGAAAUGUUCAAAUAAAAGACCUUCCCUCAAUGUUA